CGGCCGGCCGCCAUAUUGGUCCUUCUGCCCAAGUCGCUAGCUGUUGGAGCUCGGGCUGAUUAGCGCUCUCUUCCCUUCCGUGUCUCCGGCUCUCUUUCUUCCCUGGUUGCACCCAGGCGGGCUGACCAACAGCUCCCGGGGCGUCCUGUGUGUGGCUGGAAGUGCCCAUGGAGGCCAGAAGAGGGUAAUGGAUCCCCUGGAACUGGAGUUUACAGAUGGGCAUAAGAUGUCACAUGGGUGCUGGGAAUCCAAUCCAGAUCCUCUGAAAAAGCAGCCAGUGCUCUUACCUGCUGAGCCAUCUCUCCAGGCCGAAUAAUAAUGAUGCUUGAACUGAACUACUAAGGAUUCUGAAGUCAAAACUCAUACUAUUAAUAAUGGCAGGAAAAUCGUCCCUUUUUAAAGUAAUUCUUCUUGGAGAUGGUGGAGUUGGCAAGAGUUCUCUUAUGAACAGAUAUGUAACCAAUAAAUUUGAUGCCCAGCUCUUUCACACAAUAGGUGUGGAAUUUUUAAAUAAAGAUUUGGAGGUGGAUGGACAUUUUGUUACCAUGCAGAUUUGGGACACGGCGGGUCAAGAGCGAUUCCGAAGCCUGAGGACACCAUUUUACAGAGGUUCUGACUGUUGCCUGCUUACUUUUAGCGUUGAUGAUUCACAAAGCUUCCAGAAUUUGAGCAACUGGAAGAAAGAAUUCAUAUAUUAUGCAGAUGUGAAAGAGCCUGAAAGCUUUCCUUUUGUGAUUUUGGGCAACAAGAUUGAUAUAAAUGAACGGCAGGUGUCUACGGAAGAAGCCCAAGCCUGGUGCAGGGACAACGGCGACUAUCCUUACUUUGAAACGAGUGCAAAAGAUUCCACCAAUGUUGCAGCUGCCUUUGAGGAGGCAGUUCGAAGAGUUCUGGCUACAGAAGAUAGGUCAGAUCACCUGAUUCAGACAGACACAGUCAAUCUGCACCGAAAGCCCAAGCCAAACUCAUCUUGCUGUUGAUGUCAUUAAAGAGAUGGUCGUUGCAUUCUAACACACCCACACUCACAUGAGAGGAGGGUUCAUCUGUUAAUAAAAUUCAACUAACGAAUAUUGAUUGCUGCCUCAUUAGUUGGUGGGAGAAGGGACACAUUCACUCUGGAGGAAAUCUAUUUACUUGGUAACGGCACCUUACAUUUAUAAAUAGUAAUGGUUGUCUAAUGUUUAACUUAAAAUUAGUGCUAAUAAGAUGACCAAGAAUUGAAUUGUAAUUCAAACAAAAGCCUUGAAUAUUCUAGAAGUUACACUUAGGUUGUUUUUCCCCACAAGAAAAUGGAGAGUUACUUUUGUAUGUGUAUAUUUUUAUGUAAUUAGCAUUCUAUUCUUGGUCCAGGGAAGUAAAUUCCUAUAAUACUAUUAAAGAUUAAAAUCUAAUGCAUUUA